AUGAUACUUGAGGUGCAAUGGGCCCAGACCCCGUCCUCCACCACAGACCCAGACCCGGAGAAGCUGGUGGACCCAGCGCCCAAGAGCAAGACACCCCCCGACGGCGGCCGGCAGGCCUGGCUGCACGUCUUCCUCGGCCACAUGGUCUUCUUCAACACCUGGGGCGUCACCAACUCGUACGGCACCUUUCAGCAAUACUACACCGAGACGCUGGGCGUGGGGCCGAGCGGCGUGUCCUGGAUCGGCGCCGUGCCCAUGUUUCUGCUCUUCUUCGUGGGUGUCGGCGCCGGCCGCGCCAGCGACGCCGGGUACUUCCGCCACACCUUCACCGCGGGCGUCAUCCUCGAGGUGGCCGGCGUCGUCGCGGCGUCGUUUGCCAAGACGUACUGGCAGAUCCUGCUGAGCCAGGGCGUGUGCCUCGGGCUCGGGGGCGGGCUCAUGUUCACGUCGGGCCUGUCGGUGACGAGCUCGUACUUUCAGCGCAAGCGCAACUUUGCCGUCGGCCUGGCCGCCGCCGGCGCGGCCACGGGGGGCAUGGUGUACCCGGCGACGGUGAGCAGCCUCCUGGGCACCUCGCUCGGCUAUCCGUGGACGAUGCGCGUCGUCGCUUUGAUCAUGCUGGUCACCAACAUCCCCGGGCUGCUGCUCUAUCGUCAAUUCAACCCCAAAGGUUCCGUGGGCCCGCUCGUCGACUGGACGGCCUUUACGCAGAAGCCCUUUGUCUUCUUCUCGCUCGCCUUCUUCCUGCACAGCUCAGGCCUCUGGUGCGCCUUCUUCUACCUGGGCCUGUUUGCCCGCGAGAGGCUGGACCUGGCCAGCACGCAGAACCUAGUCAUCGUACUCAACGGCGUGGGUGUCGUGGGGCGGACCCUGCCGAACCUGCUCGGGGAGCGUGUCGUGGGCAUCAUGAACAUGAGCAUUUUUCUCUCCAUCGUCUGCGCGGCGUGCAUCCUCGCGUGGCCGGCCAUCUCGUCCGUCACGGGUCUCUACGUGUGGAUUGUGGUCUACGGGAUCUUUGCCGGUGGUAUGCAGUCUGUUCUGCCCGCGCUGGCGACGCAGCAGUGCGACGACCCGCACAAGAUCGGGACGUGGACGGGCAUGGUGCUCACGAUUGCGAGCUUUGGAGGUCUCUCUGGGUCGCCAAUCCAGGGGCUGCUGAUCCAGACCAUGGACGGGAGCUAUCUGGGUGCGCAGAUGUACGCGGGCGCGGCGGUGGUGGCGGGGUGCCUGUGUCUGAUUGCGUGUCGGCAGGCGAAGGUUGGGUGGACGACGGUGUGGGCGAGGAUAUGA